AUGAUGACAGAGUCCAAGAAAGCUGCAGCUCAGAAUCCUCAGGAGGAUGAAGGGCUUCUGAGAGUGAAGGUAGAGGAGGAAGAUUUUGUCUGGGGGCAGGACGCUUGCUCAGAGAAAAGUGAUUUUCUCAAGCAGGAGCUGUGCCGGCAGCUGUUCAGGCAUUUCAGCUACCACGAAGCACCUGGGCCCCGCCAGGCACUGUGCCGGCUCCGUGAGCUCUGUGGUCUGUGGCUGCAGCCCGAGACGCACAGCAAGGAGCAGAUGCUGGAGCUGCUGGUGCUGGAGCAGCUCCUGAGCAUCCUGCCCGUGGAGCUGCAGGCCCUGGUGCGAGAGCAGUGCCCGCGGAGUGGGGAGGAGGUGGUGACAGCACUGGAAGAUGAGAGAGACAGCGGUGAAGCUGUGCUCCAGGUUCCAGUCCCUGGGCACGGGCAGGAAAUACUCAGGAGAAAGGUUCCACCUCCUGGACCAGCAUUGACUGACCAGCUCCAGCCAGCGGACACCAAAGACCUUCAGGGUUCUUCAGGAUGCCCUCUCCCACGGGACUUCGAUAAUGAGAGUGAAAACAAUGAGUCUCUGUCAAGUCUGGACGUUCAUGAAAACACAGGUUCACAGAGAAUUGUAUCAGGACAGCCUUCGACAUUUGCAUCAGAGGAGUCUGCUGAACCUUGGGACAUCCUCAAGUCUGCAGGGCAGAUAAAGCAGCAACAGGAAAAUGAGCCUGGGGAGUCCCGGAGACCAUCGUCUGCUCAGGAUGGAGGUUUUAGCAAAGUCCUCACCCACAAAAAUAUACUUCCAGGUGAAAUAAUAAGUCACAAUGGAUGUGACAGAAGCAUAAACCUGAACCCAAAUGAAUUUAUACAUCACAAAUCUUGUAAACACAGGACCUAUGACCAAAGUCUCCAGUGGAAUUCAGGUUUUAUUAUUCAUCAAAGAAUUUAUGUUGGAGGAAAAACUCCCCAAUGUGGAAAAUCUCUCAAGCACUCAAACCUUAUUAAACAGACAGCAGUUUUCAGCGGAGAGAAAACCCAUCAAUGUAGUGAGUGUGGGAAAGCUUUCAGGCACAGCUCAAAGCUUACUAGACACCAGAAAAUCCACACUGGAGAGAGACCCUAUGAGUGUAACGAGUGUGGAAAAGGCUUUGGGGGGAGAUCAGAUCUCAUUAGACACCAGAGAAUCCACUCUGGGGAGAGACCUUUUGAAUGCAAAGAAUGUGGAAGAGCCUUCAGCCUGAACUCACACCUCAUCCUGCAUCAGAGAAUUCACACCAAAGAGAAACCCUAUGCGUGCAGUGAGUGUGGGAAAACAUUCAGGGUGAGCUCACACCUUAUUCGACACCUGAGAGUCCACACUGGAGAGAAACCCUAUGCGUGCAAUGAGUGCGGAAGAGCCUUCAAUCAGAGCUCGCACCUCAGCCAACAUCAGAGAAUUCACAAGAGGGAAAGCCUAUUAAUGUGA